CUGCGCCUCUGCAGAGCACCGCUUCCGCUUCUCAGCCCCGGCAGCCUGAUGGGAUGCUGGUGGAAUGCUUUGAGGCGGGCUCUUGAGGGAGACCCAGGUGUUGGGACAACGUCCACGGGCCGCGAGUCCUUAUCGCUACAGUGUAAUAACACCUCAGCAUUACUCGGCGCUGAGCCAUUUUGGACACAGGGGGCCAGCGCGCAGCUCUCUACUCUCUCUCUCUCUCUCUCUCUCUCUCUGUGUGUGCGUGUGUGGAAGAAACCUACGCGGAAGUUGUUGAAUGGCAGCUGUUUCCCAGAAGUUUACAAUGAAGAGCAGCAUUUCCCUGCUGCUGCUGCUGCUGCUCGCAGCUUUCACCUGUGGACUCGCGCGGGGAGAAGACAGUGAAGCCGAGGAGCUGCAGGUGGAGACCCUGGUGAAACCCGAAACUUGCUCUGUACUUUCCACGAUGGGAGACACGCUGCGGAUCCACUACACGGGUAAACUGAUGGAUGGAAAGGUGAUUGACUCAUCGCUUUCUCUGGAUCCUCUGGUGGUCGAGCUGGGGAAGAGGACUGUUAUUGCCGGUCUGGAACAAAGCUUGGUUGGUGUGUGUGAAGGGCAAAAAAUCAAAGCCACUAUCCCAUCUCACCUUGCAUAUGGAAAAAAAGGUUACCCUCCUACGAUUCCAGGUGAUGCUGACCUUGAGUUUGAGGUGGAGGUGGUUUCUCUAACACAGCAGACGUCGUGGCAGAAAGUGGUUAACGACGUGUUCCCCCUCGUGUGUUUGGCUCUGGUGCCCACUCUGCUCGGCUUGGUGGGACUUUACCUCUACAAAAAAGCCAAUGCCGAGAAGCCAAGCAAAAAGAAGGCAAAAGACAAGAAGAGCAAGAAGAAAUAAGGACAGGGCACAGAAUUAUUUAAAUAAACUUUUAAAAUUG